GUUUUACUUCCGGGUCGCUGACGUCGGCGCACAGCCGGCUGCACUAACGGAAUGGACAACAUGUUACAAUUCAUGAAACUAGUAGGACAGCUAAAACGCAUACCAAGAACAGGAUGGGUGUACAGAAAUGUCAAACAGCCUGAAAGUGUGUCCGAUCACAUGUACAGAAUGUCAAUGAUGGCCUUAACAAUACAAGAUGUCAGUGUCAAUAAAGAAAGAAUCAUUAAGAUGGCUUUAGUUCAUGAUUUGGCGGAGAGCAUUGUGGGAGAUAUAGCUCCAGCAGACAACGUUAGCAAAGAAGAGAAGCACAGAAGGGAGAAGGAAGCAAUGGAGCACAUCUCAGGACUUUUAGAAGAUGGCUUGCGUAAAGAGGUUUACGAACUAUGGGAGGAGUAUGAAAAUCAGACUAGUUCAGAGGCCAAACUGGUGAAGCAGUUAGACCAGCUGGAAAUGGUACUACAAGCUCAUGAAUACGAAGAGUUAGAGGGGAAACCUGGAAGACUUCAGGAGUUCUUCACCUCAACUGAAGGCAGGUUCCAUCACCCAGAGGUGGUGGGUCUGUUAAAGAGUCUAAAUGAGGAGAGAGCUCGCCACAUAGCUUCCAAAGGACAAAAUGAUGCAGAGAAGAGCACUGAAACAAAGUCUCACACCCCAACAACAUCCUCAUGACCUCACUCCCUGUCAAGUUCUGAAGCUACCUCUAUACAUCUGUGCACAAGAGUUUAUUUGUUUAGAUAUGCUGUGUUGUUUUAAAGUCUUGAAAUACAAUCCUAUUUCACUGUACGGAAAUGUGGUAAUAGCCUUUUUCAGAUAUUUCUGUUGACAGUUUAAUGAGUAUUGACAGUUGUAAUUUUAUUGAUAAAAUGCCAUCUUUGUAUUAAAGCCAAAUUCUUAUGUAGCA